AUGCGCGACACCCACCUCAACACCGCCCAACUCUUCCAACGCAAACCCAGCACCACCUCAUCCCCCGGCCCCCUCAUCGUCCUCUUCCACGGCGGCGGCUUCGCAGUCGGCUCCCCCAUCCAAUUCACCCUCCUGGCACGAAGCCUCGUCUCCCUCCUCCCCUGCACGGUAAUAAGUGCGGCCUACCGCCUCGCCCCCGAAACCCCCUUCCCCACCCCCGCCCAAGACGCCUGGGAUACCCUCUCCCACCUCGCCUCACACCCGCCCCCCGGCGUCGACCUCGCGCGCGGCUUCAUCAUCGGCGGCGCAUCCUCCGGCGCAAACCUCGCGGCCGUCGUGGCGCAGCUCGCUCAGACCCACAACCUCUCACCACCACUGACGGGCCAGUUUCUCAGCCUGCCGCUCAUCUUCCCCUCGGAGGAGAGCGUACCGGAGAGUUAUAGAGAGAUGUACACCUCCAUUUCCCUCAACGACAAAGAUCCGAUCCAAUCUCUCCCCUCCCUGCACGCCAUCCUGCGGCGCUACGCGCCGAAUCCGCGCUCGCCGCUCUUCAGCCCUGUGAAUAGCCUCUCCUUCGACCCGGCCAAACUCCCAAAGACGUACAUCCAAGUCUGCGGCCUGGAUCCCCUGCGCGACGACGGGAUUAUCUAUGAGAAGCUGUUGCGGGAGGAAGGCGGUGUGGCGACCCGGUUGGAUGUGUAUGAAAAGUUCCCGCAUGGGUGGUGGUUGUUCAUGCCGGGGUUGAGGAGUUCGGGGGAGGCGGUGGGGGAUAUGGUUAGGGGGGUUGGGUGGUUGUUGGGGGUGGAGGUGGAUGCGGGGAGGGUGAGGGGAGGCAAUGAUGAAUCUUCUGCUGGAUGA